GCCGCGCCCGGUGCGCCCCGCCCCCCCCCGCCCCCCGGGCGUGCCGUGCGCCGCGCCGGGCGGCAUGGGCGGGUCGCCCUCGAGCUGCGCGGGCCCGCCGCCUCCCUGCCUCGCGGGCCUGUGCGGGCGCGACGGCGCCCCGCCGCCCCGCGAGGCCCCGGGGGGGCAGCCCCUGCGCGUGACGGUGGUGGCGGCGGCCGGGCAGAUCGCCUAUUCGUUGCUGCCGAUGAUCGCUGGCGGGAACAUGUUCGGGCCUGGCCAGAGGGUGUCCCUGCAGUGCCAGGACCUGGGCCUCGCGGAGACGCAGCAGGCCAUGGGGGCGCUCGAGAUGGAGCUCCAGGACGGCAACUUCCCGCUCCUCGCCCAGGCGACGUUCACCACCGACGACGCCAUCGCCUUCAGGGCGGCGGACUACGUGCUGCUCCUCGGGGCCUUCCCAGACAGGGGUCCUGACAGGAGAGCUCUGGUGGAGAACAACGGCAGGAUCUUUCGGGCCAUCGGCAGGGCGGUCGAGGCGCACGCCAGCAGGGCCUGCAGGGUCGUGGUGGUGGGCCAGCCGACCUGCACCAACGCGCUGCUGUGCUCCAUGGCUGCGCCGUCCCUUCCCAGGGAGAAUUUCUUCGCCCUCACGCGCCUCGACCAGAACCGCGCGGCGGGCCUGCUGGCGGCGCGCGCCGGCGUGCCCGCAGGCGACGUGCGGGGCGUGGUCGUCUGGGGCUGCCACGGUUGCCUGCCGGACCUGGACCACGUCCGAAUCAAGGGGCAGCCCAUCCACCAGGCGCUCCCCCGCGACGAGGACAAGAGGUGGCUGCGCGAGCAGUUCCCGCACGAGUUCCGGGAGAGGAGCGCGAGCGUCGCGGAGGCCCGCGGCGGCCUGCCGGCCGCGCUGUCGGCCGCCCGCGCCGUGGUGGACGCCGUGCGGGACUUGCACCUCGGGGCCAGGGAGUACGUCUCCCUGGGCGUGUGGUCGGACGGCAGCGGGUACGGCGUCGCCGGCGGCCUCGUCUGCUCGCUGCCGGUCCAGUGCCUCGGAGGCGGUCGCUGGCGGGUGGCACCCGGCCUGCGGCUGAGCGAGGCGAGCACGGCGCUGCUGAGGGGCGGCGAGAGGGAGCUCCUGGAGGACCGCGCCCUCGCGCAGGCGGCGUUCGGCGGCGCGGCGGCGCACUGAGCCCGGGGGCGCGCGCGCGAGCGGGCAUGCUGGCCCGGGCGCCGGGUGCGGCAGCGCCGCCCCGAGCACCGGAGGCGCCGCCAGGUGGUGUCCAGCGCAGUCCCAAG